AUGUCUUUAUUUGUUUACUCUAUACUUGCAGGUAUUGCACCGAUCCUGUCAUCAUCAUUACCUCUCUUUUUCUUUUAUCUUCAAAGACGACAACAACAAAAUAAAAAAGAUAGUAGUAGUAGUAGUAAUAGUAAUCAUAGUACAAGUGUUGGAUCAUCUAAUCAAUACAAUAUUUUAUUAGCUCUAUCAGCUGGUUUACUAUUUUCAGUUGCUACAUUGGAAUUAUUACCAGAAGCUAUUGGUCUGGCUAUCCAAUCAACAUCUACACAACCUUCUUCUUCUCCUCCUCCUCCUCAGACCAGUGAAACCAAACAUAAUCACGACGACGAUGAUCAAGGAGAUAAUGAAUCAUCUUUACGAAUACCAAUGUAUGGUGUUGCAUCGGGGUUCAUCUUGUUGAUUAUUCUAGAUUUACUCUUUUCCGAUCCAAAUGGUGGAGUACAUGGUCACAGUCAUUCAAAUCCAAUUAUUUCUAGUAAAGAUAAUGAUCACCACCAUUCUGUAGAUAUUAAACAUCAUCAUCAUCAUCAUAAUAAUAAUAGUUAUAAUAGUACGAAUCUCUUGGUACCACAAGAAGAUCACCUUGAAGAUUCAUUUGAACUUGGAUCACCUUUGAUGGUCAACUCAAACAAAAAGGAUGAUAACGAUCAAGAUGAUCCAUCCUCAAAUUCAUCAACUCCAAAUAGGCCAUUGUCUGACAAUGAUAUCAUUAUAAAAAACAACAACAACAACAACAACAACAACAACAACAACAAUAAUAGUAGUAGUAGUAGUAGUAGUACUCUUUCAACAAACAUUCAAACACAAUCAAAAACAUCAACCCUAUCAUUGACUACAUUAAUAGCAUUGGCCAUACAUUCAUUUGUCGAUGGAAUGGUAAUAUCAGGUGCCUAUAGUGCAUCACCAUCAAUUGGUGCAAGAGUUGCUCUUGCCAUUGUUAUCCAUAAACUACCAGAUGGAUUUGUAAUGUCUUCCAUAUUGUUGUCAAAGAAUCAAAAAAUAUUUGGAUAUCAUCCAUUUGCAUCAAUGAUAUUUAUAGCAUGUAUGACACCAAUUGGAUCAUUUGUUUCCUCAUUUCUAUUUAAUGGAAUCAUUCAAUCCUCUACAAUUUCAUUUAUUUUGGGUUUUGGAGCAGGUACAUUUAUUUUUAUAACAACAUGUGAAAUUCUACCGGAAUUACUUCACAAUUCAAAAUUAAAGAAAUCAACACUCCUCAUUUCACUGGUAGUUGGUUAUCUUGGAUUUGUGGUUAUUGAUUCAUCUAUUCAUGUACAUUGA